ACGAGAAUGGUCGAGAUAUUUGAUUACAACGUUUAAAUCGUUUGUAAGGAAAUACAAAUCUAUUUGUUUUCUUCUCUCAUAGUUUCAUAUGGGUAAAUAAGUUUUCAUUUAAUUCAAACAUUCUAUCCAUUUGAUCAUUGGUCUGUUAAACGAAACUUUAGUAAGUUGCAUUAUGUUGUAAUCAUACUGUUACUGUAUUGUUGUAAUGCUGUUUACUUAAUCAAAUUUAUUUAUACAGAAAAUUACCUAUCAUAUUCGUUUGAUCUACGCAUAAUUAACGUACUUAAUAUGAACCCAAACAAAAAAGACAGAUGCCACGAAACAAGUAUACAUUGGUUUAGAAAAGGUAUGCGUCUGCACGAUAAUCCAGCGUUUAAAUUAUCGUACGAAUUAAAAACUUGUUGUGGUGAGUAUUAUAAGCUCAGACCUAUUUAUAUAUUGGAUCCAUAUUUUCGUAAAUACAUACGUGCAGGCAUGAACCGUUGGAGGUUUUUGCAACAGAGUUUAGUGGAUUUGGAUUUAACACUUAGAAAAUUAGGUACACGGUUGUAUGUUAUCAGAGGAUUGCCAGAAGACGUCUUUCCAGAUUUGUUCAAAAAAUGGAAUGUAAAAUUAUUAACAUUCGAGUUGGACACAGAACCAUAUGCACGCAAACGAGAUGAGCAAAUUGAAACAUUAGCUAGACAGCAUGGAGUCAAAGUUGAUCAAAAAGUUUCACAUACUAUGUACAAUACCGAACUAGUAGUCAGAGCAAAUAGAGGUAGCGUUCCAAUGACUUAUCAAAAAUUUUUGUCUGUUAUUAACUCAAUGCCAGAUCCUCGUCAACCAAUACCUGCACCAGAUAAAUUACCCUCAGAGUGUCUAUUUGAUGAUGAUUUAAACAAUUGUGAAUAUGAUGUACCUACUUUAAAUGAGUUGUUAACAUUAAAGGGAUUUGACCCAGUAGAUCUUAAACCAUGUCUAUACCCCGGAGGAGAAAAAGAAGCUCUCAAACGUUUAGAAGAGUACAUGGAAAAAAAAUCAUGGGUGUGCAAAUUUGAAAAACCAGAUACAUCACCUAACAGUCUGAAACCCAGUACUACUGUACUAAGUCCAUAUAUGAAAUUUGGUUGUUUGUCGGCUAGUCAUUUUUAUUACAGGUUAAAAGAAGUUAUUGGUAAUAGCCCUCACACAAAACCUCCUGUAUCCCUAAUCGGUCAGUUGUAUUGGAGAGAGUUUUAUUACACUGUUGGUGCUGCAACUCCAAAUUUUGAUAAAAUGGUCGGCAACCCAAUUUGUUGUCAAGUACCGUGGGAUGAUAAUCCUGUUGCGUUGGAAGCCUGGACCAAUGGUAAGACUGGAUAUCCAUUUAUUGAUGCCAUUAUGAGGCAAUUAAGAGAUGAAGGUUGGAUACACCACUUGGCCAGACAUUCUGUCGCAUGUUUUUUAACUAGAGGAGAUUUGUGGAUAUCUUGGGAAAAAGGAUUGGCUGUAUUUGAAGAAUUAUUACUUGAUGCUGAUUGGUCAAUGAAUGCUGGAAAUUGGAUGUGGUUGUCAGCAUCUGCAUUUUUCCAUCAAUUUUUUAGAGUCUACAGUCCAGUUGUAUUUGGUAAAAAAACUGACAAGAGCGGUGAUUACAUUAGAAAAUAUAUCCCAGAACUGGCCAAGUAUCCAGAUCAGUACAUUUAUGAACCGUGGUUAGCUCCUAAAUCUAUUCAAGAGAGAGCUGGAUGUGUGGUUGGAAUCCAUUAUCCUAAACGAGUGGUAAUACAUGAAGAUGUUUACAAAAUUAAUAUUAACAAAAUGUCAUUGGCUUAUAAAACUACUAAAGCCGAUAAAUGUGGAAGUAGUACAAAAUCUAAAAAUGCGCCAUCGUCUUCUAAUGAAAAAAAUGUAAAAAAGGCUAAACAUAAAUAGAUAACUAUUAUGUUGGAAACCUACCUAUUUAUUUAAUUUGUUAUGGAUAUGUUAUUUUAAGUGAUAUUAAUAGUAAAAUUAAUUUAUAAAAAAAUUAUUACACAUUUUUAUAUUCAUUGCUUAUACACAUAUUAAUUAUAUAUUUGUGAAGGUGAUCUUCUUUUUAAAUUGUUACACCAUUAUAUUAUGUUGUUUGUAUUAACAUAGAAUAGGUAUUAAGUAUUUAAAAUUGCAUAUAUUGUAUUGUUAUUUUUCCACGCACAAGUAUUAUUAUG